AUGGAGUGGCCCAAAUCCGACGCCCCAGCGCCAGCCAGCGCGCCUGCUUCGGAGACCAAGCCGCUGCCCUCUCCGUCGCAGUCGGAACAAAAUGUUGAUAGCAACGGUCUUGCCGCCGCCGACAUCCUCACAAAACCUACUGAGCCACUCUCGUCCGAACCUUCCGCCACCGCUCCCGCCGUUCCCGUCGCGCCUGCCUCUUCUACAGCCGUGCCAGCCGUCAACGGAAGCGCUGCUUCUUCGGAACAUGACGGCACCAACGGCAUUUCUCACCCUGUUGAGUUGUCGAAUGAGAAGCCCGCUUCGCAAGAGACCACUUCCUCUGAGUUGCCCACGCAGCAGGUCGAAGAAGAGCCCACUGCGCUGUCGUCAAUAGAGAUAACAGCAGUACCUGUUCGCGAGAACAGCGACAAGCCUGCCGAUAAAACGCCCCCUGGGCCUGCUGUAGCGAGCGCGCCAAAACCUUCCAAUGAGGAUAAACAGGAGCUAGCUCUGGAGGAAGUCAAGGAGGGAAUCGAGGGACCAAAGGAGGGGGUUAAGCCUGUACCAAGCUCUGAGACUGAAGACACAAAGAUGGACGAGCCUACUGUAGUUGGAAAGCCAAACCAUUCGGCUGAACCAGCUCCAGUUGAACCCAGCUCUACCUCUAUUGCCAACGAAAAGACACCUACCGCCGAACCCGCCAAAAUCCAAGAGCUGGAAGAUGUCAAGAUGGAGGAUGCCCCGGAAGACUCUACCACCACCACUCAAGCUUCUGUGCUGCCUACAGCUCUUCAAACGCAGAAUAGUGCUACACUCCCAACAUCUGAGGUUGAUCUUCAACCCGCUAGCCUGUCGCAGCUCAACAUAGAAACCCAGCCCGCCACGUCCCCUAUCACUGAGUCGGUCGAAGUUGAUAUGAGCGAUGCACCGGCCGUUAAGGUCGCUCGUGAGCGCGAAGACGACGAUGCAGCAGAGGAGCCUGCUGCGAAGCGUGCCAGAACUGAGCCUGAAGAGGACAAGCCGAUGGCUGAUCGUUUCGACCAAGAUACAGCCGUAACCGAGCCUGCUGCUGCUCCUGAUGAGGCCGCUGCCGCUGCUGAGAACGCCCCGGGCCUGGAUACGCUACCGAACUGGAACGAUCCGGAAGCCAACGGCAGACCUUUCAGUGCCUUUCAGCGCCGUGAAGUUCGCAAGACAAUCGGCAGACUGAAGAAGACCAAGGGAGGCGGAAACUUCCGCGACGCUGUCAUUAAGCUCUGGCCACAGCUGCGUGAAGCUUACUUGGCCAAGGUUGAGACGCCUAUGGACCUCUCCGAAAUCGACCGCAACGUGCGCGAGGGAGAAGGCGCUUAUGUCACCUUUGGAGAGUUCAAGAACAAGGCGUCCCUCAUCUACCUCAAUGCCCUUACUUUCAAUGGUCCGACUCAUGAUGUCACAUUUGCUGCUUUCAAUGUCGUCAAAGCUCUUUGGGAAGAGCUUCUCGCUGCACCCGCCGAAGAACCCCCGAAGCCCAAGGCUAUUCCAAAGGCCAAGCCUAUUCGUGAAUCUCGCAUCGUUGCCAUUGCCGAAGCCCCCGCAUCUCGCCGCACGUCUACCGGACCCCGAGGUAGUCCCUCAACGGACGCAGAUGCCAAAUCGGCUGCCGGCGAUCGCCGCGGCUCGGCUGCCACCGAGGCUGAUCGUCCAAAGCGCACAGUUCGCGCGCCUAAGCCUAAGGAUAUUGACUACACAACCAAGCCUUCACGGAAGAAGCUUAAGCCCGAGCUUCAGUUCGCCAUGGAGGUCCUUGGGGAAGUAAUGCACCCCAAAUACGAGCAGCUGAACACGUGGUUCCUCGAGCCUGUGGAUGCGGAGGGUCUGAAUAUUCCGGACUAUUAUUCCAUCAUCAAAAAGCCUAUGGACCUGGGCAAAGUUUCGGCGAUGCUUUCUGCCGGUGACUUUGCCAACUUGAAGGACUUUGACAAGCAUAUACGGCUCGUGUUUGAGAACUGCUACAGCUUCAAUGGCCCUCCUAGCCAAGGAAAUCCUGUCUCCCAGACAGCCGCGGAGCUGGAAGCUGUCUAUACUUCACAGAUGAAGACCAAAGAUGCUUGGCUGGCCAAGUUUGCCAAGGCAAAUGCACCUACCUCGGCCGAUGUCAGUGAUGAGGAGGACGAUGAGGAGGAUAUUGAUGACGGUGCCUCUGCCGAAGACAAUUCGAAAGAGAUGCAGGAGCUGCAGGCCAAAUUGGAUGAGGAGACGAAGAAAUUGCAUGCCAUGUUCGUUCCCGGCGCCAACCAGUCGAUGAUUGACAUUCAAAAAGGCAUUGUCGACAUGGUACAGCAGGCUCUUAUUAAGGCUGUGGCUAGCGCCGGUGACGGCCAGCCCAAGAAUGACAAGAGCGCGAAAAAGGCUAAAGCGCCCAAGGGCAAGAGCGCCGGUGGACGAAAAUCCACGGGCGCCGUCCCGGGCAAGAAGGCGGGCGGCGGUAAGAAGGGCGCGGCCAAGAAGAGCUUGACAGCCUCUGAUAAGGACCAUAUUGCCAACGCUAUCAACGACCUGGAAUACCCGCAUCUAGACCGCGCGAUUGACAUAAUUAAAAAAGACACUGGCCAGAACGAGAAUAAUGAUGGCGAGCUGGAGCUGGACAUUGACCAGCUCAGCAAUGACGCUCUGCUAAAGCUCUGGGAGCUGUGCAAAAAGGUUCUGCCAGGCUUCGCUAAGGACUCUGGGCACUCGGCGCCUGCUGCACCCGAGCCGGCCCGGCCGUCCAAGUCCAAGACAACGGCCGGCAAACCCAAGAAGAACAAGCCUAUGAGCGCACAGGAGCAGGAGGCAAGAAUCGCACAGCUCACAGCUCUACGACAGAUGUACAAAGAUGGCGGUGAUGGGCCUGAUGCUGUCGGCCCUGGCGGAUUCACCAUGGAGCCGAGGCUUGCAGACUCAAGCGACGACUCAGACUCGGAAGAAGAAUGA